GUCAAGCGCCUCCUUAAUGCAGUUUGAUUGGUCGACCAGAAUCCACGGCAGAGUUAUAUUUGGACCGUCACACAAGUUACUAGAUUCAGAGUGCUUCGACAAGUUCAAGUUUAAACAUGGAAAGUCAAGACCCUGCAGUUGCUGAGGUAGUAAAGGCAUCAGGCGAGUCCAACCUGGAAAAGGCCAAAGCAAAAGCCAAAGAAAAAUUUGACCAGUUAAUUACUAUUUCACUUAACAUUGCUGUGACUGGAAAGACAGGAUCUGGGAAAUCCACCUUUAUAAAUGCAAUUAGAGGUCUAGAUGAAGAUGAUGAUGGAGCAGCACCUACUGGAGUCACAGAAACUACAAUGGAGCCCACCAUGUAUGAGCAUCCUGGAAUGCCAAAUGUGAAAUUCUGGGACCUGCCUGGAAUAGGAAGCCCAAAAUUCAAUGCAAAAAAUUACCUGAACAAGGUCAAGCUUCACACCUAUGAUUUCUUUAUUAUCAUUACCUCAGAGAGGUUCACAGAGAAUGAUGUCAUGUUGGCUAAAGAAAUUAGAAAGCAGAAGAAAAACUUUUACUUUGUUCGCUCCAAGAUUGACAAUGACAUCAGAGCAGAAGAAAGGAAGACAGGAUUUGAUGAGAAAAAAGUUCUUUCCACAAUAAGAGAGGACUGUCAGAAAAAUGUGAAAGAACUGGGAGACCCCAAAGUAUUUUUGAUAUCAUCCUUUGAAUUGGAGAAAUAUGAUUUUGAAAUACUUCAAAACAAUCUUGAAGAAGAGCUUCCACAACACAAGAGAUAUGCUCUUCUACAAGCCUGGCCAGUGUGCUCUGCUGAAUCUCUUGAGAAGAAGAUCAAGAUGUUUAAAGGGAUGAUCUGGGCUGUAUCUCUCGCCUCUGCUGGUGCAGCAUUCAUCCCUGUGCCUGGUGUAUCAGCAGCAUGUGACGCAGGCAUGAUUCUACUUUUUUUCACAAGGUGCUACUAUGCAUUUGGUUUGGAUGACAAAUCACUAACAAAACUUUCAGAAAAAGUGAACAAGCCCCACCUGAAAAAUAUGGCUAAAUCCAAGUUUUUUACUGCCAUCAAAGAAAAAGCUCUGACCAGAAUACAAGUCUCUGCUGCACUUGCUACCCUUGCUACAGCUGAGUUUUUGCUGAGUCUCCUUCCAGGUGUAGGCAGUGCUGCUGCUGCAGGAAUAUCCUUCGGUACUACUUAUUACCUCCUGAGAGAAGGAUUAAAUGAUCUGGCAAACACUGCUCGAGAAAUCAGAAAAGAAGCUGGUCUGGACAAAAUGUAAUAACUCUUAAAACAGUGGUUCUUAAUCCUGGUGCUGGGGUUCUUUGACUUGUUUCCUUUUAAAGCAUGAUUGUAAUUUCCACUUCUGUCAUGGACUAAAUAGUUUUGGUAAUGAACAAAGUAUACGCCUAUAUGGUAAUGUGUAUUUAAACAGAACAUAUUGUUUAAUUAGCUUAAAAUUACACCUUGUUUUUUCAUUGCUUAUUUCUGAUUCUUCAUUUCUGUUCAUUUUUAUUGUUGAAAUCUGGAAUUAAAAAUCUAUGA